GGAUUGCAUACGCUGUCAAGAGCUGCUCUUCCUCAGCCUCCUUUGACAGCCCCCUUCUCUUUCCUGCCGAGAAUAAUUCGACUGUGAAUUCCACGCUCUAUUCUUUGUCUUUCCUUUCACAUAUCAGUUUUUUUCAUUGUAUUUAGUAUACUCCCGAACUCUCUCUUCAGCCAUGGUUGAGCCACAGGGCUGUAUCAAUGACAUGGGCCAGGGCAAACUCAUCGACAAGAUCCUCUUCGAGCUCAAAGUCCUCCUCGUGAGGGAGAAGAACGAGCUUGAACGCACCCGCCUCACUAUCUGGUCUGCGUCUGUGUGCCAGCGCUGGCGCGCCUUCCUUCUGCCGACGCUCUACCGCUCGCUGGUCUUUGAGUUCUACGACCCGCGGCUGCCGGAGCCAGAGCCCGCUUCCGACGACGACUCCUCCGCGGACUCUGACGAGGACCCAGAGGAGCGCCGGUAUCGCCGGCAGGAGCGCCGACGCCGCCGGAUGCUGCAGCGCGACAACUAUGUGCUGGCGUACCAGGACCACUUCAAAUGGCGCACGAACGCAGGCAUCCUGGUGAGCUCUGGCCGCAUGGACCUGACGACCGAGCUGGUGAUGCGCGGCCACUACGGGUACGACUUCAACCAGCUGGCGUACCUGCUGCCGCUGACAGGCGCGAACUUUGUCGACUGGCCGAAUAUCGAGACCAUGCGGUUUGUCGGGCAUCUGAGCGAGGGCAUGAACUUUGUGUGCCCGGACGACGUGCAGGUUUUCGUCGACAUGGUGUACGACAAGAUGCCCAACAUUAAGGAUAUCCGUUACCCAAACAUGAUCCACAACAACAAGCAGUUCGUCUUCAUCCUGCUAGCCAUGAUCUACCAGUAUCUGCCAAAGCUGCGCUCGCUGGGCCUCGACCAUGUGCUGCCCAUCACUUACCCGCUCAGUUACUCACCGGAACUGACGCGCGUGCGCAUCGACCCGGUGUUUGUCAAGAGCUACCACAACUUCCCACGCAUCAACCCGAGGCCGCUCCGUCACGUUCAAAUCUAUGGCGCCCGUAGCGACUUCAUCUGGUCGUACUUUCAGCAGCAGGAGGAGAACGUGAUCGAGUUCACCAACCUCGAGACCCUGCGUCUGACGCAGGCUGGGUCAAUUUGGAUGACCUCGGAGAUGCCCGAAAGCACAAAUAUGAUGCAGCUCAGCUUCCCAAAGAUCAAGGAGGUGCAUCUCAACAACAUUCUGAGCGUCUACCACACCGUGCUUGUCCCAUUCAUCCACAGCAAACUGCGCAAGCUGUAUAUCGAGGAGAACAGCUCGCAUAUUGUCACCAUCCCGCCGAUAAUCUACCAGUGCACCGAGGAGCUCGUGUUACAAAUCAGCGAUGUCAGGUACAACUACCGGGAUGACUACGAGGGCGGGCUCGACGAGAUGUACCUCCACCCCGCGAACAUCAAGAAGCUGACAGUCAACUACUCUCUCAAGCCCGAGAGCUUCACCUGGAUCUCAGUAGAGCACCUCAGGAUCGACCUGCUGGUCGUCGACUUUGAUAUGCCCGAGCGUCUGAUGCAGGUCAUGCCCAAGCUGAAGUGCAUGCUCAUCAACUUCCCGCACUACACCCAUGAAGAGAAGGAUGCUGAGAGGCCCGAGCUCAAGCUCGACCGUAGCAUCCUGGAAAAGACCAAGCUGCAGUAUAUCGGCCUCCACAACUUGCGCCUGCAAAAGACGGAGAUAGACUAUGUCAAGGGCUUCCUGAAGAGGUACCCGCAGCUGUGCGACAUCCAGCUGCUGUCCAACAUGGUGCCGGUCAUCCGUGAGUUUGUUGAAGAGGAAAACAUUGAUAUUAUUGUUGGCGAAUUCCCACCACCAAAGAAGCCCUUGUAUCAUUGAUCCAAAUAAACCUGCCAAUUCUGUUGUACGCGGUCUGCUGAGAAAACAGUUGCCUUAAGCCCUCCUGAGCCUAUUUUCCGGAGGUCAGGGCAUUCAUUUUGUGUGGUUUAGGCUGGCCAUACCACAUGGCUGCUCACCGUGCAUGUAUUCUGCUUCCAUACUUGUUAUCAGAAAAGGUAUCCCAGGCUGGGCCAGGACUUUGUCCGCUAAAAA